GUAGAUGUCGCACAAUUGCUCCUGGAGGCAGGUGCUGAGAAGGAUUUGAGGGACCUGGGCGGUCGUACUGCAUUGAUCUAUGCAGCUCUCCGCGGACGUGCUGAAGUGGUAAAGUUGCUACUGCUGGCGGGUGCUCAGGUGGAUGUUGGUGAUGAGCGGGGCAGUACAGCGCUGAUGCAAGCAGCAUACAACGGUCAUGCUUCAGCCGUGGUGUUGCUGCUUCGGGCCGGGGCCCACGUGGAAGAGCGUGACAAUUCGGGCGACACAGCUCUGAUGGAUGCAAUACGUGGCGGUCAUGCGGGAAUAGUUCGGUUGCUCUUGGACGCUGGCGCCGACAAGAAUUCGUGUAACUUCGAGGGGCGUCCGGCACACAUGAUGGCAAGGGGUUAUGAUUCCGAAAUCAAGCGCUUGCUGGAGGCCUGA